AUGGUGUCUGAGAGUGUUAAGGUGUAUGUGGCGUGCACUUCGGUGCUCUAUCUCAAGUUCUUAAUGGCCACUUUGAUCCAAGGCAUGAAAAAGUAUUCCGUUGGUGGACGUCCUCCUGAAGAUAUGAAGAUCUCGACAGCUAAAGUCAAGCAAACCUUUGGCUUUGACAAGACUAAAGACGUCAAGACCCUCGAGUCUUCCAAGCGCUGGGGAGGUAUUGUUAUGAACGAUCUCGAGUCCAUUCCUUUUGGUCUCUUAAUCUUUGGUGCAGGCAUUAUGGUUGGAGCUAAUUCUAUCAUUCAUUAUCGUGCAAUGAUCGCGUUUACGACCGUGCGUUGUUUACAUACGUAUGCUUAUGCGAAUGCGAUGCAGCCAAUGCGUGGGUUGUGUUAUGGCGUGGGGGUGAUGGCUACACUGAUUGGGCUGGGCAAUGCUCUUAGCGCAAUUUUCUAA